AUGGAAUCUUCUACAAAGGUAUUGGGAUUAAAAUGGGAUCCCUUAUCAGAUAAUUUUUCAUUCGAAAUAAAGCUUACGUGGAGAAAAUGGACAAAGAGACAACUUCUUUCAGUAAUAGCGCGAAUCUGGGAUCCUCUGGGUUUCCUAACUCCGAUAGUUGUUAAGAUAAAAAUAUUAUUGAAAAAAAUUUGGACAUUAAAAAUCGAUUGGGAUGAGGAAUUACCAUCAUUUAUUAUUACAUCAUGGUUAGCCGUAUAUUCCGAAUUAGAGCAUCUUAAUAACUAUCAGAUUCCGCGUUAUCUCGAAACAUCAAAACAAAACAAAUGUACAUUAUUUGGUUUCGCGGAUAGCUCAGAGCAAGCGUAUGGAGCGGUAGUUUAUAUUAAAUCUCUUGGCAAUCCGAAUUUCUUGUUGAUUUCAAAAUCACGUGUAACACCGAUUAAAAACCAAACAUUAGCCAGGCUUGAACUUUGUGCUUGUCAUUUACUGUCAAAACUUCUGAAUUUUAUAUUAACGAAUAACCAACAUAGUAUAGAUUUUGAUUCCAUUUACUGUUUUUCCGAUUCUAUGAUUGUCCUUCACUGGUUAGCAGGACCGGCUACUCGUUGGAAAACAUUUGUAGCCAAUAGGGUAACAAAAAUACGGGAUCUCAUUCCUAAUGCACAAUGGCUUCACAUUCCUUCUAAUCAAAAUGCAGCCGAUUGUGUUUCCCGAGGUCUUCGACCUAAGGAUUUAUCCAACAUAAGAAUUGGUUGUUUGGGCCGGAUUGGUUGA